AUGGCAAUAGCAUGGACGACCACCAUCAUCUCCUCUACCAUAAUCAUCAUGCUCUUUUCCUCAGCCACCACUGCUCAGACCAACAACGACAAUGGUGGCAAACCCAAGAGGACCCAUUUCAUUGUUGAAGCAUGCAAAAAUGCUUCAAUCAACUCCUCUGAAUACCGUCACGUCACAAAAGAAUUCUGCGUCUCGACCCUCCAGCAGGACAAGCGGAGUGAUGAGGCAAAGGACCUUCAUGACCUGGCCCUCAUUGGUGUAGACAUUCUGAAGGGACAUAUCAUUGCCGCAAGUGGCAAGGUCAAAGAAAUGAUGCACAGUGCCAUGAAUGGCACAUCAACAGCACAACGCCUCAGAUUGUGUGAGAUGGACUAUGAUGCCGCGGUGACCAUCCUCAAAGUCUGCAACACCAUGCUCAAGGACUACCGCGGUCCCAAAGGUGGUGAAAAAGUUGGACCACCUUCCUUUUAUUUACCCGACUGUGUGGAUAAGGCAUCCGGCUUUGUCAACUACUGUGAGCAUGAGCUUGUUGAUAUGCCUGGGCAGGAAGCGUUGUACAAAGAAAGUAUUGAGCUCUGCAAGCUGGGCGACCUCAAUGUUGCCUUGAUGCAACCAUAUUGGGAUUUCACCCAAAAUUAG